AGUGGGUUGAAGUUGAGAAAUUAUUGGAGCUAAUCUUCAGUCAAAAUGAGUUCGUUCGCGGGUCGCAUGAAGGAGUAUCCCAACAUGUCGCUGGAUCGGUUUGACAGGGAGAAUCUACAUGCAAGGGCUUAUUUUUUAUCUCACUGCCACAAAGAUCACAUGAAGGGGCUGAAGGGGCCUCUAAUGAAAAGAAAGUUGAAAUUCAGUCUGACAGUCAAACUGUACUGUUCAUUUGUAACUAAGGAACUGUUGCUGAGCAAUCCAAAAUAUGCCUUCUGGGAAGAUCACAUAGUUGCUUUGGAACUGGAGAGUCCCACACUAAUCACUUUAAUAGACGAGGCUUCAGGAGAGAGAGAAGAACUUGUGGUGACUCUGCUUCCUGCUGGUCACUGUCCAGGCUCGGUCAUGUUCUUGGUAGAGGGGGCCCAGGGUACGGUGUUGUACACAGGAGACUUCCGACUGGCGAAGGGAGACGCCUCCCGCAUAGAACUCCUCCACUCUGGGAGCAGGGUGAAAGACAUCAAGAGUGUGUAUCUGGACUCCACCUUUUACGACCCUCGCUUCUAUGAGAUCCCCAGCAGGGAGACGUGUCUACAUGCUAUCCGGGGGCUGGUACAGGACUGGGUCAGUAGGAGUGUGUACCAUACAGUGUGGCUGAAUUGUAAAGCUGCAUAUGGAUAUGAAUACCUCUUCACUAACCUGGGGGACGAGUUUCACACACAGAUUCAUGUCAAAAGCCUGGACAUGUUUAAGAAGAUGCCAGAGAUUCUGAGUCAUGUGACCACGGAUCGAGCCACUCCGAUCCAUGCCUGCCGUCACCCCAAGGAGGAGGAGUUUGUUCCUGCCAGCAGGCUGCCGUGUGGCUCCUCGGCAUCAGAUGGAACUCCUCUAAACAUCAUCAGUAUCAAACCCUCCACUAUGUGGUUUGGAGAGAGAACACAGAGGACUAAGGUUAUCGUCAGGACAGGUGCCAGUUCCUACCGAGCCUGCUUUUCCUUCCACUCAUCCUACUCUGAGAUAAAAGACUUCCUGUCUUAUCUCCAGCCAAUCAACAUCUACCCCAGUGUCAUUCCUAUUGGCCGAACUCACGCUGAUGUCACGGAGCUGCUGAAGUCUAUGUGUAGGGACCGGUCCUCCUCGGCUGUGAUCUACAGACCUCUGGGAACACUGAAACGCACCAGACCAGAGCAGCACACCCACGGUGUGGACUGUGCCGAUUGGCUGUUUGAGGCGGACCUGGCCCCUGUCAGGAAGAGGGUGAUGAUGCAGGAGGCCACACCCACAACGCUCCCUAACCCCCCCGACGAACCUCUACCCCUAACACACAUACCUCUCACCACAGGAGACUACAUGGACUGUACCGAAUCUAAUGAUGAUGAUGAGGAGGAGAGAGACCUGGAGGAAGAAGAGAGUGGUGGGGAGAGAGACGAGGGGUCUGUGUCUAAUUCUGGCACCCCUCCUCCUCGCUGGGAGGAGUUUUUCACCACGGAGAUACUGACGGACAGCCAGACCAGCCAACCACACUCCUGCUCGCACACAAGCCCCUCUCACUCCACACUCACAGGCUCCCAGACCCCAGAGCUGUUUGUUGAUGUACGCCAAACUCCCUCGCCGUCAAUUCCUCUCUCGGCUGGGCGAGGCCUGAGUCAGGCUGAAAGCAUGCUCAUCCAAUCAGAAGACCGGUGUCAGGGAGAUGCAUUGACCAAUCUGGAUGCUGGGGGAGGAGAGAGUGGCAGCCACACUCACCAAUCAGAGCCAACGGAGUCUCAGGUGUCAUCAGACUUUGACAUCCCGUCUACGCCGGAGUCACACACCCCUGGACCAGACGACCUCAGCGAUCUGUACAGGAGACUGGCCGCUGGAGAGGAAGUGGUCACCAGGACAGGAAGUCAGGCCCUCUGACCCCGUCUACCUCUUUGUAUAUAGACCGAGGGAAGAGGAAGCGAGACAUUCCACCCACUAGUUUCUUCUGAUUCUUAUACAGUCAAUGAGCUGAACAGACCAAACCCAGCUGCUAAUGCAUUGGUGCCUAUGGGAGAGCAAUCACCUUAAGCAGAACGGAACUUUGUGGCCAUGAUAUACAGUAGCUUAGUAAUGUCCGAACCUUAACUCUGAUCAUUCCAUCCAGGUGACCACUUUAAAAUGGUGGAAGCCCUCAAUGUCCAGGUUAUGUGUAAGAGGAGUCCAUCUCUGUUAUAGAGUUAAUGGAUGAUUGUGGGUUCUUGACAAUGUCUUCCUCACCCAGAAAAUAGUCGACUUGAAGUUGGACAAAAACAGACAAUUGAUUAAUGCAUAUAUACGAUUUUAUGUGUGGGUCCAUAGCAUUAUCUACACAGACCAUAUCCAUGCCCUACUUUGUUAUAGAGACACCAUAGUCAUGCCCUACUUUGUUAUAGAGACACCAUAGUCAUGCCCUAUAUACGCCUGGCCUAUCAGGGCCAAGAGAAACCACAGCUACUCCUCGACCACCCUGGGAAAUGUUCAGUAGGGAAGUAACAGUCUUUCUGCGGUCUCUCAACUGGAGUCUGCUCCUGCCAGGCUAACGCAGUUCUGUAGAGAAUAAAGUCUGUUGUAGCUGUUCUGAACGGUAGAGAAUAAAGUCUGUUGUAGCUGAACUGUAGAGAAUAAAGUCUGUUGUAGCCGUUCUGAACUGUAGAGAAUAAAGUCUGUUGUAGCUGAACUGUAGAGAAUAAAGUCUGUUGUAGCUGUUCUGAACUGUAGAGAAUAAAGUCUGUUGUAGCUGAACUGUAGAGAAUAAAGUCUGUUGUAGCUGAACUGUAGAGAAUAAAGUCUGUUGUAGCCGUUCUGAACUGUAGAGAAUAAAGUCUGUUGUAGCUGAACUGUAGAGAAUAAAGUCUGUUGUAGCCGUUCUGAACUGUAGAGAAUAAAGUCUGUUGUAGCCGUUCUGAACUGUAGAGAAUAAAGUCUGUUGUAGCCGUUCUGAACUGUAGAGAAUAAAGUCUGUUGUAGCUGAACUGUAGAGAAUAAAGUCUGUUGUAGCCGUUCUGAACUGUAGAGAAUAAAGUCUGUUGUAGCUGUUCUGAACUGUAGAGAAUAAAGUCUGUUGUAGCCGUUCUGAACUGUAGAGAAUAAAGUCUGUUGUAGCCGUUCUGAACUGUAGAGAAUAAAGUCUGUUGUAGCCGUUCUGAACUGUAGAGAAUAAAGUCUGUUGUAGCCGUUCUGAACUGUAGAGAAUAAAGUCUGUUGUAGCCGUUCUGAACUGUAGAGAAUAAAGUCUGUUGUAGCUGUUCUGAACUGUAGAGAAUAAAGUCUGUUGUAGCCGUUCUGAACUGUAGAGAAUAAAGUCUGUUGUAGCUGUUCUGAACUGUAGAGAAUAAAGUCUGUUGUAGCUGAACUGUAGAGAAUAAAGUCUGUUGUAGCCGUUCUGAACUGUAGAGAAUAAAGUCUGUUGUAGCCGUUCUGAACUGUAGAGAAUAAAGUCUGUUGUAGCUGAACUGUAGAGAAUAAAGUCUGUUGUAGCUGUUCUGAACUGUAGAGAAUAAAGUCUGUUGUAGCUGUUCUGAACUGUAGAGAAUAAAGUCUGUUGUAGCUGAACUGUAGAGAAUAAAGUCUGUUGUAGCUGUUCUGAACUGUAGAGAAUAAAGUCUGUUGUAGCUGUUCUGAACUGUAGAGAAUAAAGUCUGUUGUAGCUGUUCUGAACUGUAGAGAAUAAAGUCUGUUGUAGCCGUUCUGAACUGUAGAGAAUAAAGUCUGUUGUAGCCGUUCUGAACUGUAGAGAAUAAAGUCUGUUGUAGCUGUUCUGAACUGUAGAGAAUAAAGUCUGUUGUAGCUGAACUGUAGAGAAUAAAGUCUGUUGUAGCUGUUCUGAACUGUAGAGAAUAAAGUCUGUUGUAGCCGUUCUGAACUGUAGAGAAUAAAGUCUGUUGUAGCUGAACUGUAGAGAAUAAAGGAACCAAGUUUAAACCAAAAUGUCUUUAUUUAAACCUUAAAAAGAACUUCAACAACAAGUGUAGUGACAUUAACUUGGAGCUCGUGGUGAAAUCAGGAGGCUGCUGAUAUACUGAUGGCUUCAGUCUUCCCACUGUUCUGC